UGUCUACUGCUCUGUGUGGGUACUUGCUCCGUCGGGGUGAACACGAAAGAGGCAAUUCGGUUCAAGAAGCUACACCGAGCCUUUUCACAAAAAUACUUUGAUUUUGUACACAGAAAAUGGCGGUUCCUGUAGGUGCAAAUGUGCAGAUGAACACAGAAACAAAGAACGACCUUUCAAAUCCAUCUGAAAAUGACAUUCACUUUGACGAGAAAGAAUUGGAAAACAUCACAAAUCACGUCGAAGAUGGCACAACACUGCCCCUCCACUCUCCGUGGACAUUUUGGCUUGACAGGUCAUUGCCAGGGACAACAGCAGCAGAGUGUGAAUCCAAUCUGAAAAAGAUCUACACAGUACAAACUGUACAGAGUUUCUGGAGUGUAUACAACAACAUCCCUCCUGUGACUACACUGCCUCUAAGAUGUAGUUAUCACUUAAUGCAUGGAGAGAGGAGGCCCCUAUGGGAAGAAGAAAGUAAUGCUAAAGGUGGAGUCUGGAAGAUGAAAGUACCAAAAGAAAGCACUUCUGCUGUUUGGAAGGAGUUGUUACUUGCCACGAUUGGAGAGCAGUUUGCCGAUUAUUGUGCUUCAGAGGAUGAAGUGGUUGGUGUAAGUGUUAGUAUUCGAGAUCGAGACGAUGUUGUUCAAGUCUGGAACGGAAAUGCAUCUCUUGCUAGUGAAGCGAAUAUCUUAGGGAAAGUCUAUGAACUCCUUCCGCACAUAACUUUUAAAGCAGUAUUUUAUAAAUCUCACAGAGAACAUCAUGCCUUUGAAGGAGGGCGUUCACGACAUUAGCCUCUGCACUUUUUGAUAAAGCUCUAUUCUCGCCUGGAUUUAACCUUCUCUCCUCAAUCCAAAAUAUAAUUUUGCAUACUGUACAUCGAACCGAGGAAAACGUCAUAGAAUGUUAUUGAUAUAUAUAUUUUUAUAGAUUCAAAUGGCUGAGUUUCAGUCUGAUGCCUUUUAUUGUUUUUGUUUGUUCUUGAAACACAAUUCUAUCUUUAAUGUACUGGUAGGUCUUUUUUAAUUUAGUCUGUCAUUUAAAAAAAAAAUAAUGGUCCUUAGUCUUCGUUCAUGUAAUUUCUGUAAAUGUGCUGUUUCUUCUUUAGAAUGAUAAUGCGCGCUAUCGCUGCACUGUCACUGCUCUGCUCUCUUGGCAUGCCAUGGACCUCACAAGCGAGCAUUGAUCCCUACUGUAUCUAUGGCACACCACUGACCCACAGUUCACUGGUUUUCACUACAUAUGCCCUUAGAGUGAUGUUGCUUGUUUAUACAAUGUCUGUUUUUAGCUGUCUUGGAAUUAUGAAUUGUUUGAUCCAUAUAUACUUUGACUCAUUUGUGAAAAAUUGAGUGUUCUAAAAGUUGUAGUAUUUGUAACUGUUGGCAGACAGUGCUUUUUUGCACACACUCAUGUCUCACCAAUAUUAACAUCAGCAUUGAAGUUAGAGACAUUGACUCAAAUGCUAUAGGUAGCAAUGAGCGAAGUCCCCAGACAUUCUUACACAUUAUGAUUAUACUUUGAUUGCAGAGCUGUUAAUAUGCAAUAGGUAUGAACAGUGUUAUACUGGUGUAUUUUUAUUUUGUAUCAGAAAAAAAUGUAACUUUAAAAUGAUCAAAUAUUAACAAAGUACUGUAUAUAUAUAUAUAUAUAGUACAUUUCAUUUACACAUUUCUAAAAGUGUGGCAAAUGCAUUCUUUGGAAGUGUUUGGGUGAAUAUAAUAAUAGGAUAAGUUACCAUUCACCUUAUUGAAACUCAGCCCAAAAUAAAAACAAAUAUCAUAUGCUGCUGUCACAUCACUGUCACCAGAACACUUGUGCUGCUAAUAUACACUAUAUAUGCAAAAGUAUUUGGACACCCUUUCAAAUUAGUGGAUUCGGCUGUUUCAGCCACACCCGUUGCUGACAGGUGUAUAAAAUUGAACACACAACCAUGCAAUCGCCAUAGACAAACAUUGGCAGUAGAAUGGCCUUACUUAGUGACUUUCAACAUGGCACUGUGACAGGAUGCAAAAAGUCAGUUUGUCAAAUUUCUGCCCUUCUAGAGCUGCCCCUGUCAACUGUGAGUGCUGUUAUUGUGAAAUUGCAAAGUCUAGGAGCAACAAUGGCUCAGCCGUAAAGUGGGAGGCAACACAAGCUCACAGAACGGGACCGCUGAUGCACGCACAAAUAGUCUGUCCUCGGGUGCAACACUCACUACCGGGUUCCAAACUGCCUCUGGAAGCAACAUUGGCACAAGAACUGCUCAUUGGGUGCUUCAUGUAUUGGGUUUCCAUGGCCGAGCAGACGCGCACACAAGCCUAAGAUCAACAUGCUCAAUAAGUGUUGGCUGGAGUGGUGUAAAACUCGCCACCAUUGGACUCUGGAGCAGUGGUAAUGUGUUCUCUGGUGUGAUGAAUCACGCUUCACCAUCUGGCAGUCUUGACCGACGAAUCUGGGUUUGGCGGGUGCCUGAAUGCUAGUGCCAACUGUGAAGGAGGAAUAAUGGCCUGGGGCUGUUUUUCGUGGUGCUGGCUAAGCCCCUUUUUUCCAGUGAAGGGAAAUAUUAACGCUACAGCAUACAGUACAAUGACAUUCUAGAUGAUUCUGUGUUUCCGACUGGCAACAGUUUGGGGAAGGCCCUUUCCUGUUUCAGCAUGACAAUGCCCCCGUGCACAAAGUGAGGUCCAUACAGAAAUGGUUUGUUGAGCUCAAUGUGAAAAAGCUUGACUUGAUUGCUUAGAGCCCUGACCUCAACCCCAUCAAACUCCUUUGGGAUGAAUUGGAAUGCCGACUGCGAGCCAGGCCUAAUCGCCCAACAUCAGUAAUGCUCUUGUGACUGAUUGGAAGCAAGUCCCCGCAGUGAUGUUCUAACAUCUAUUGGAAAGCCUUCCCAGAAGAGUGGAGGCUGUUAUAGCAGCAAAGGGGGGACCAACUCCAUUUUAAUGCCCAUGAUUUUGGAAUGAGAUGUUCCACGAGCAGGUGUCUAUAUAUUUUUGGUCAUGUAGUGUGUAACCUCUGUUAUUUCUGUUUUUAAUCCCAUUAUCUCAAAGUGAGCUGUACUGAUCACAUUUUACAUUAGAAUUGUGCCUUCUGCUGCCCAGGGUCUCAGUUGUAGAAUUUGGUUUAAAAAUAUAUUCAACUUGGUCCUAUAUUUGUGAGUUUUGUUGCAUUUGUUGUUCAAGGGUUACUGAAAAAUAAAAUGUUUUUAAUUUGUGGGAAUAUUCUGAUGCUUUGGUCUUGGCUGCAUUAUCUCCACCUACUGGUGACUUUUUGUCGUAUAUUUCACUUGCAUUUCUGCUGCAAGUCACUUAAUACAGAGUGCUACUGAUACUCUGCUCAGUAUCAUCACCCCUGAAAUGAAAAAAAUAAAUAAAAACGAACUUUCUGUGUCCUUUG